GGGUUUGGUCCGGAUGAUGACGGAAUGAAGGGAGCUGAAUUUAUCAUUGGCAUAGUUACUAAUGGAAAUGUCACAUUGGGAAAUUACCAUGCCGAUGUAGGUGGUUAUCAUCCUCCUCUUCGUGAUGAUAACCAAGAUCCCUCACUUGUACCAAAUUUUUCUAUGUCUGAUACCAAAGCUGUGACUGUAGAGUUCCAAAGGCUUCUCCGCCCGACAGGAAAAAAACCAAUUUCAAGUGGUGAUAUGAAAUAUAUUUUGGCUUAUAAUCCAAACAGCAACGCAUUCACAUACCAUCAAAAUAAUCGCAUGUUGUUUCGAGUAAACUUUUAUAAUAGUGAAAUCAGUUCUGCAGCCUCAACCGAUCUUCAAAAGUUGGUUAGAUUAGUUCAUGGUUGUGGAAUGAUCAUUACGUGGUGGUAA